AUGGAGUUGGAUUCAAGCGUCGUUCAAGAUAAUAAUGAAAAGACAUUUUAUGAAAAAGUUGAUAACUACAUAGAUUCAUUAAGUGAAAACUUUCGUGAAAAAAGUGUUAUCAAACAACAGGUUUACAAUGAUAUUUUAAAAUGUUUGUUAUUACCAAAAGGUACAUCAACUCAUCCAUAUUCAUCAACAUUUGUUUAUUGGGCAAAACAAAAAUUUAUCUUAAUUAAAAUAGCUGGUAUUGAUAUCGUUGCCUGUGCAAAAUCGAAAAAGCCAGUAUGUGUUUAUGAAGCAUUUUACAACGUUAUAACUGAAGCACAUGUUAAUGUUUCGCAUGGUGGUCGUGAGAAAACUAGUUUCGAAUUAAAUUCUCAAUACUCAUGGAUUUCUCGGUUUUGUAUUGAUAUAUUUUUAAGACAAUGUAUUCCAUGUCAAACAAGGAAACCAAUUAAACAACAUAUUACAUCAAAACCAAUUAUUUCAUUAGGAGUAAUGACACGUCUUCAAAUCGAUCUCAUCGAUCUGAGAACACGACACGAUAAAAUAUCAUCUGAUCUUGCUUACUGUUGGAUUUUAAAUUGUAUUGACCACUUUAGUAAAUUUUCUUGGGCAUUUCCCUUGAAAAAUAAAUCUGCUAAUGAAGUUGCUUCGAAAUUACAUGAAUUAUUUUUUCUAUUUGGACCACCACGAUUACUUCACAGUGAUAAUGGUCGUGAAUUUGUAUCAAGUGUUAUUACAGAAUUAAAAAUUAUUUUUCCAGAUUUACGUUUUAUUCGAGGUCGGCCGAGACAUCCACAAAGUCAAGAAUGUAUCGAACGGGCAAAUGGUGUUCUCUGUGAUGCGCUCAGCAAAUGGAUGUCUACUAAUAAUUCAUCCAGUUAG